GAUACUUGUUCCUGUACGGACAAAUUUCAAGCAGGACGCUAAUGGACGAAGGGAUCCUCAAGUUUUCAUUUAGGGGUGUCAAAGAUGUCAGGACUGUCAGAAACAGAGCGUGCCGGGUGUGCAGAGAUACUGAAGUUGAUGUCUAACAGUGACUUACUGUCACUUAGUGACACAGUCACUAAUAAGUUGAUAGUUGUGGAAAAUAUCAGCGAGGCUACAGCAUCAAUUCUGUCCUUCAGUAGAAAUGCAGAGGAACUCCUGAGAAGGAAAAAGGUUCAUCGUGACCUCAUUUUCAAGUACCUGGCCAAAGAGGGGGUGGCAAUGCCCGUCAACAGUGAGAAACACCAACUGGUGAAGAGAACGCUGGAGCUUUGGUUGUCAGGCAAGGCUGCGGUUGAUGAACCUUGUCGAGGAGCGACAUCUGAUGCCACAUACUUGAAGUUUGAGGUGGGCUUUGACCCACAGGUCCUCGGCCAGCAGUUCUGCCAGUGGUUCUUCCAGCUCUUGAACAGUCAGAACCCCUCACUGGGCCAACAGCCUCAGGACUGGGGACCACAACACUUCUGGCCAGACGUGAAGCUGUGUCUCCUCUCUAGAACUGACAGUGAACAAAUAGAUGAGUUCCUGGGUGCUGAACUGGUUAGUCGUCGUCUCCUGGCCUUAACCAGGGAAGAACAUCUCCUCCUCAGCCCCAACCUGGAGCCCCGUGGCCUUAGGGCCCUCGCCUCCCCACAUGGCUUGGUGCUGGUGGCCGUUGCGGGAACCAUCCACAGAGAUGCAGCCUGUCUGGGCGUCUUUGAGCAAAUAUUUGGCCUCAUCCGCUCCCCGCUGGAAAAUAACAGCUGGAAGAUCAAAUUUGUCAAUCUGAAAAUCAGAGGGCAGGAUGCUCUGGGCGACACAGAGGUGACUGCGCCUGCCUUGACUUAUAACUCCAGUGAACUGCAGCUUCUCUGCAGUUGAUGACACUCUUUCUUUUACCCUCUCUACUCAUCACUCACCUAACUUGCCCAAGCACGUUUACCCAAGACAUUGUUUUCAAAGACUGGGAACAGCAGACGAACAGUCAGGUCAGGUUGUAAAGGUAGGUGGACACUGUUGCAUCUAAAUCUUGGGAGGCAUAUUGAUGAUGUAACAUAAAAAAAAUGGGAAAAGGUUUCCUUAUUGUUUUUCUGCUUUGCAGAAAAUGUAACUCCCUGCUGCUUUGUAUUGUGGAAACAGUUUGCUUCAAAUAUACUGUACUUUAAUGCAAAGCAUAUUGUGCUUUGGUGGCCUGUGCCUUUUGUAAGAUAAAAUAUAAAUACAGACAUGCUCUUGUAAAUAUGUAUCAUAUCAAAUAUACAGAUUUAUUAACA